GCAAUUUAAAAUUAAAUAAUCCUUUUUCAAUUUUCCAACUUAUAUACCCUCUCCUAUAUAAAAUAAAAGUCUCAUCAGGACGACGGAACCAUCCGCUCUCUCUUCAAAAAUCAAAGCCUCGCUAAUAUCUGCAAAAAUGUCCAGCUCAUCGGAGUAUUCUGGAGUUUCCGGCCAAAAUCCGGUCAAGUCGCCGGAGAUCUCCACGUUUUCCCAGACUUGUAAUCGGUUGAGCCAAUACCUCAGAGAAAACGGUUCCUUCGGUGACCUCACCCUCGGCAUAACAAAACGCAACCCCGCCCCUGAAACACACGCAGGGUCACCUGAGAAUUCAUGCUAUUCUGCAACAACCAUGGAGUUAUUUCCCACAAAGGAGAACAAUAAUGUGACAACCAUGGAUCUUCUUUAUCCACGUGCUCCUGCUUAUGCUCCAGCCCCGGUAAACACAAGUGCAUUCAAGGAUGGUAAAGGUGCACAGUUAACAAUCUUUUAUGGUGGAGAAGGAUUCUGUCCUUGGCUAAAAGAGGGAACUCUUCUGCAUGCGCUUCUACUCAGCACACCCGGCCUUACUUGUUUCAACCCCAUUCCCAGCUACAGUCCGCACCUGUUGUUGGUGAUCUACCUAUUGCAAGGAAGGCUUCGCUGCAUCGGUUCCUGGAGAAGAGAAAGGAUAGAAUUGCUUCAAAAGCACCAUAUCAAACCAGCAGCCCCGUCUCGGUCCCUAAUAAAGCAGCUGAGUCGUCUAUGGCAUGGCUUGGGUUAGGAGCUUAAUCAACACACUAUUAAAAGCAGUUUUGUUCAUAAUUGGUGGACUGCUCAAUUAGGCUUUUUGUUAUUUUGGUUUCAGCCUAUCCCCACUGCUAUAUAUCAAGACUAAGACAAAUAUAGAUCUAACUUUAUUCCUAUUUAGCUUCUGCCUAGUUAUUUCUUUCCUUGUAAUUAUUAGUAUCUCAAACAUUUUGGAUUCAAUACUAUUUCAUUCCAUUUGUUUUA